AUGCAAAAGACGUCUUCCGCAACGCCACUGCACACAGACAACCUUACAGUGGAGGAUGUAGAACACAGAGAAGAGGGUGUCAUAGAGAACACACCCAGAGAAACAUAACCCCUGGCUGCCUUCAGAAGGACUCAUGUCUCCUCACGCAUCAACAAACACAGAAAACCUACCAGAGAAUCCCAUAAAACAACACAAAACGUUACAAAACCUUUUGACCCAAGAACAACUUUUGUAGUCCCUCUCCAAUCCAAAUCCCAUCGUAGUGUCUCACCUGACCCAUUUGAAGAUGACUUUUUCUGAUUACCCUGAAACUCAGAACUCUUUAUUUAAACUAGACAGGGCAAACCCAUUGGUUGUAGAGGCCACAGAGGACAAGGGCACUAAAACUAAAGGUUAA